AUGGCUCAAGUGAAUGAUCUUCACAAGAAAUUCGAGGAGUUGAACGAGGAGAUCUCGGCUGCGCUUCGAGUGCAACAAGAUGCUGUGACCAAUGCAAAUACCUUCACGGGUCGCAGUACUCUUGUUGCAGCACGGAAAGAUGCGCUGCGUCUAGCCAAGAAGACUACGGAUUGGCGAGGCGACGUGACUGCACUGGCAAAGCACAUCGAUCUUCAACUGCAAAACAGUCGAGCGUUGCGUUCUCAUUACGCGCAGUCGUUGCUGAGUUCGUCGGCUCAGAAGCAACAGGAAGAAGCAGAAGGAUCACGAUUGCGCUGUUUACGCUCGGAUCUGCGACUGCUUCAGGACUUCCGGGUGCAUUCUGUGCGUCACCGUGAUGAGGAAGAUCCAGCACUGCUUGCUGCGAUGGAAGAAGAAACGAAACAACUGAAAGCCUUUAUUGACAAAAAUACUAAGAAGGAGAAAAUGGGAGGCAGUCAAGAGCAGUCGGUACUAGCGUUGGAGCUCUUUGAGAUGAGGCGAGACAUUAUGAGUCGGAUCUCUGAGGACCUCGUCGAGGAGAAAAAACAACUAGACGUUGAAGUUGGUAACCCGGAAGCGCUAGCAAACGAAGGCUUUGGCAUUGGCAGCAAUGCAGCGACGGAGAAAGAUGCGUUGGCGUCGUGGGACACGCAACUCUAUGUUAUUCUCAUGCAGGCCCUGGAGGAACUACAAAAGGAGAAACGCGAGAGACUCGCAAAUAAAAGUCGCAAUUCGGUCGUGGCUAUCGCAGGAGCUGAAGGCUUGGAUACAGUUGGGACGGAGCCACGAGCGGCGUCACCAACGCGGGCCAGUAGCGACUUAAAGUCUGAAAUACUACUUGAAGAUGCGCACUUUGCAAUGCAAAAGCUGAAACGAGAGGUGGCCGAGCUGAAAACCACGAAUGCGAAGCUGAUGAUGACGAACUCGCAGCUCGAAGAUGACCUCGCACAUUUACAGGCCAAAUUUGAAGAGGAGAAAAGAGCGCAUGUAAACGGGAAGAAGUGGUUUCUACCAAAAAUCCAAAAGAUGGAAGAUCAGAUGCUCAACACCAUCAAGGCAUUCGAAGAAGUAAAACUCAGUGUAGAGCUCAUGACCAACAUGUACAAGCACUUAGGCAGCACGUUGACCUUGCAACAAGAAGGUGAAGAUGAAUUGAAACGGGAACGCGAUCGAGUAUCGCUCUUACUAGCUGAAGAGAUCAAGAAAAUUGCUGCUCUCACCAAGGAAAACGAGCGCAAGGAUCGACUUGUCACGUUAGCGAUGGCGGCGCGAUAUGAAAUGAUUCAGCUUGCAAACCGUCACGAGAGGCAAGCGAAAGAAGCGUGUGAGCAGCGCGAUAUUUGGGAAUCCCGUGCGCACCAAGCUGAGGCAGAAUUAGCGACCAACAAACAACAACUUGAGGAGGCAUUCCAGCGACUUGAAGCUACGAAUGAGGCGCUGUCAGGUGCAAAGGCGUCGAUUGUACAGCUACAAACUGAAGUGCGAGCCACUGCACAGACUGCCGCAGCUAAGGAAGUGGAGUUGUUUGCAGCCUUCGAGAAACAACAAACUGCGUUACAACAAAAACUGGAUAAAACCAAACGAGAGCUCAUGGAGUCAGUGGCAGAGACGCUCAGUCUAGACAGCAGACUACGUAAAGCUCAAGAGAAGCUUACACAGCAGGCUACUGAUGGUACAAGCGCGUAA